AUGGCUGCGUCAGUAGUUGCUGGACCACAAGUGACAAAACCUGUGUUGGUCGCGGACGUCUCGGACGACGUCGCCUCCCACCGCAACCCUCCAUCCCUUGUCCACACCGAUUCCGCCACCACAAACGUCACCGCCGACGACGAAGAUGAAGUCGAAGAUGAUAUUGAAGACGAUGCUACAGAAGGCGAAUCCAUCUCUCCCGAAAUGCAGGAGCGAGCAGCGAAGUGCGAGGAUCGGAUUUGCAGAUUGGAGGGCAUGUUUUUGUUGUUGGCUGCCAAAUUGCACUUGGCGAAUAACAAGAAGCCGAAGAAGGAGAAGGAUGUUAAGGUUAUUGAGGCUGCGAAGGCGAUGUUGAAUGACAAGGAGGGGGAGGAGCUGGUGAGGAAGGAUUCGGGGUAUAAGAGUGUUGCGAAGAACGAGGCACAGGAGGGAAAGUGA